AUGAACAAGGACAAGGCUCCGAUGCCGGGAGAUGGCGGCCCCAGCGACGGCUUGCCGCCGCAGUCCACCCGCCGUGCCGGGGCGCCGCCCUCGUCGUCGACCCCGCCGCUGGAGUACGACAUCAGCCGCAUGCCGGACUUCCCUACCCGGAGCACCGGCCACCGGCGUGCGCACUCCGAGAUCCUGGGCCUCCCCGACGACCUCGACCUCAGCGCUCCCGGAGGCGGCGACGGACCGUCGCUGUCGGACGAGAACGACGAGGAGCUCUUCUCCAUGUUCCUUGAUGUGGACAAGCUGAACUCGUCGUGCGGGGCGUCGUCGGAGGCCGAGGCUGAGUCCUCGUCCGCCGCGGGUGGCGGCGGUGAUGGGGCUGAGCUGGGCCACGCGCCCAGGCCGAGGCAUCAGCACAGCCAGUCCAUGGACGAGUCCAUGUCGAUCAAGGCGGAACAGCUGGUGGGGGCGCCGGGGAUGGAGGGGAUGUCGUCUGCAGAGGCCAAGAAAGCAGUGUCUGCGGCGAAACUGGCUGAGCUUGCUCUUGUUGACCCAAAGAGGGCUAAAAGGAUUUGGGCUAAUAGACAAUCUGCUGCAAGAUCGAAGGAAAGGAAGAUGCGAUAUAUUGCUGAACUUGAGUGCAAGGUGCAAACCCUGCAAACAGAAGGCACAACAUUGUCGGCUCAGUUAGCAUUGCUGCAGAGAGACACUACUGGGCUAACAACCGAGAAUAGUGAGUUGAAGAUUCGCCUGCAGACCAUGGAACAGCAAGUCCAUUUACAAGAUGCUUUGAAUGACACACUGAAAGCAGAGGUCCAGCGACUGAAGGUGGCAACAGGACAGGUGGCCAAUGGUGGUGGAGGGAUGAUGAUGAACUUUGGCGCCAUGCCACGCCCGUUUGGAGGCAACCAGCAGAUGUUCCACAACAACCAAGCGAUGCAAUCCAUGCUGGCGACGCACCAGCUGCAGCAGCUCCAGCUCCACUCCCAGCCUCAGCAGCAGUCACAACAUUCUCAGCAGCAGCACCUGCACUCGCUGCAGGCGCAGCAGCAGCAGCAGCAACUGCACUCGCUGCAGGCGCAGCAGCUCCAGCAGGUGGCGAGGGACCUCAAGAUGAAAGGGCAUCUGGGCGGCCAAGGCCAGUGGGGCGAUGGGAAGUCUGGGAGCAGCGGCAGCUAA